UGUUCCCUGCUUUGUGCCUGUAACCUCUGGGAUAGGCUGUGGACCCCCCGCCACCCUGAUUAGGAUAAGCAGAUGGGUUUUUAAAAAUAAAAUUAACAGUAUUUCUACUCUGAAAAUAUUAAUGUAGUGGUAAUGACAUAGCAGAAAUAAAUUGAUUCAUGCUACCUUUCAGUUCUGUUAGUAUUCUGAGCAUGACAUAGCUAUUAUUUUCAUAGUAAACAUUGAUAUUGUGAUUAUUAAUCUAGUUGAAUAAACAGGAGUGGCUUUAUCCUUUAUUCUGUUUUCCUAGGCAAUUGAGAGAGGAGUGUUCUUUGAGAUUAGCUAUGCUUCAGCAAUCAAGGACUCGACCAUGAGAAGAUACACCAUCUCUAACGCCAUCAAUCUGAUGGAGACAUGUAAAGGAAAGAAUGUAAUUGUAUCUAGUGGGGCUGAAAUGCCCCUUGAGUUAAGAGGACCUUACGACAUCGCAAAUUUGGGGCUGCUCUUCGGACUGUCUGAGGGCGAUGCCAAAGCUGCCGUUUCUACCAACUGCCGCGCCGUCCUGUUGCACGGAGAAACCCGAAAGACUGCCCUGGGGAUCAUACAUACAACGAAGAGGAUGCUACCCGCUGCAGAAGGGCAAGACGAGGACAGGGAACCUCCGGUGUCAAAGAAAGCCAAAGUUCACACCGUGUGACUCGAGUUUAUCCUGAUUAUUACUAUCACAGGAGUUUGGAACGUUUUCGAUCCCAUACCGGAGAACUUUAAGAGCAGUUUAUUUUUAAAAAUGUAUUUUUUGCGUAUUGCUCAGAUUUUAAUCUGAAGUGUGUAAUAAGUCUGUUAUGAUGACUGAUCUAUGGGCAGUCUGUAUGAAAUGAGUUGUGUUUGGAUGCGUAAACAUGACUACGUUGUGGCAUUCAUAAGGAUAAAGAGCAGCCUAAUUUUGGAAGUAUAUAAAUAUUAAGAAAUGUAUACAAGACAUAAGACACAAGAAGGGUGUUCACACAAGAAAAAUCAGUUAAAAUGUUUAUUUAAAACUAAAUAUUCAAAUAAAAUGUACAUAGCAUUUUACAUUAAGUACAAAAAAUUACUGUGACUUCAGCAAGUGCAUUAAAUCCCAAAUGUGUCCA